UUGGCUGCGUUUUGUAGGGACUUGAGCGUCUGAAUGCCUGUUUAUAACAGAAAAAAAAAAGUGCCCUGAGUGUGGACUGGGGCUGGGGGAGAGCGAGGUGAAUGUGCCGCUUUGAAACCGCAGGACGGGAAACGCUGCCUCGCUGUCCCCAGAGGAACGCGGCCCGCGGCCCGCGGCGCGGCCGCCCCAGGACCGUCCGGAGGGAACAUGGCGGCGCCCGGCGUCCGGAGCCGCAGCCUCGCGGGCCUGCUCCCGGCUCAGACCUCGCUGGAGUACGCCCUGCUCGACGCCGUCACCCAGGAGGAGAAGAACAGCCUGGUCUACCAGUAUCUGCAGAAGGUGGACGGCUGGGAGCAGGACCUGUCAGUGCCCGAGUUUCCGGAAGGGUUAGAAUGGCUGAACACAGAGGGGCCUAUUUCUGUUUACAAGGAUCUGGGUGGAAAAGUGGUCAUCCUUGAUUUCUUCACCUACUGCUGCAUAAACUGCAUUCACCUACUGCCUGAUCUGCACGCCUUAGAACACACCUACUCGGAUAAAGAUGGUCUUCUGAUUGUUGGUGUUCACUCGGCUAAGUUUCCAAAUGAGAAAGUCCUGGAUAACAUUAAGAGUGCUGUUCUUCGAUAUGACAUCACCCACCCUGUGGUUAAUGAUGCAGAUGCCAGCCUUUGGCAAGAACUGGAGGUUUCCUGCUGGCCAACUGUGGUCAUACUUGGACCCCGUGGAAACAUGUUGUUUUCGUUGAUUGGAGAGGGACACAAAGAGAAGUUGUUUUUGUAUACUUCAAUAGCUUUAAAGUAUUACAAAGACAGGGGACAGAUCAGAGCUAAUAAAAUUGGAAUAAAACUCUAUAAAGAUUCUUUGCCACCUUCACCAUUGCUAUUUCCUGGCAAAGUAACAGUAGACUCUCUUUCUAAGAGAUUGGUAAUAGCAGACACUGGACAUCAUAGAAUUUUGGUCGUCUGGAAGAAUGGACAAAUUCAGUACAGCAUUGGAGGACCCAAUCCUGGAAGAAAAGAUGGAAUAUUUUCAGAGUCAACUUUUAAUUCACCACAGGGUGUAGCCAUAAUGAACAAUAUCAUAUAUGUGGCAGAUACUGAAAACCACCUUAUAAGAAAGAUUGACCUAGAAGCUGAGAUGGUGAGCACCGUAGCUGGCAUUGGGAUUCAAGGUACAGAUAAAGAAGGUGGAGCUAAAGGAGAGCAACAGCCCAUUAGUUCCCCGUGGGAUGUAAUUUUGGGAUCAUCAGGUUCAGAGGUCCAAAGCGAUGACAUUCUGUGGAUAGCCAUGGCAGGGACUCAUCAGAUAUGGGCACUCCUACUGGACUGUGGCCGACUACCAAAGAAAAAUGACUUAAAAAAAGGAACCUGCCUUCGGUUUGCUGGAAGUGGAAAUGAAGAAAAUCGAAAUAAUGCAUAUCCUCACAAGGCAGGUUUUGCCCAACCUUCAGGUCUCUCUCUGGCCUCAGAAGAUCCCUGGAGCUGUCUGUUUGUAGCCGAUAGUGAGAGCAGCACUGUGAGAACCGUUUCACUGAAAGACGGAGCAGUGAAGCACCUUGUAGGAGGAGAAAGAGAUCCCAUGAACUUAUUUGCUUUUGGUGAUGUUGAUGGAGUAGGAAUCAGUGCAAAGCUUCAGCACCCCCUUGGAGUAACGUGGGACAAGAAAAGAAAUUUACUUUAUGUGGCAGACUCAUAUAAUCACAAGAUUAAAGUUGUGGAUCCAAAAACAAAACAGUGUUCAACAUUAGCAGGAACUGGAGAUGCAAGUAAUGUCAGUUCCAGUUUUACCGAGUCAACCUUUAAUGAACCAGGAGGCUUGUGUAUUGGAGAGAAUGGCCAGUUACUAUAUGUAGCAGACACGAAUAAUCAUCAGAUUAAAGUGAUGGAUUUAGAAACAAAAACGAUUUCUGUGCUCCCGGUCUUCAGCUCUGGAAAUGCUGUGGUAGAUGGCCCGUUCAUGGUAGAAAAAGUAGAAAAACAGACAGUACCCAAACUACCGAAAUCAGCUCCAGCCGUUCAACUUUCCCCUGUGGCUGCAUCUCCGGGACAGACUCUGCAGUUCCAGCUGAGAUUAAACCUCCCGUCAGGAACAAAGCUCACUGAAGGGGCACCCAGUUGCUGGUUUCUAACAGCUGAAGGCAAUGAAUGGCUUCUUCAAGGACAGGUGCCAUCUGGCGAAAUAGAGAGCAUCGCCAAUCAACCAACCAUCUCACUGCAGAUUCCUGGGGAUUGCUUGUCACCUGAAGCCGUUAUAUCUGUCAGCGUGUUUCUUUAUUACUGCAGCGCAGACAGCAGUGCCUGUAUGAUGAAGGGAGUUUUGUUCAGUCAGCCUUUACAGAUAACCAAUGCCCGGCAAGGCUGCACAGCUCCAGUAGAGCUCAAGUACGCAUUUUAGCAAGCUAGCUAGCAACCGGUCUCCACAGCCGUCUCUUCUUCAUCCUCACUGUCACUGUAACUUAUGACAAGAAACUUCUCUCCUGCCUCUGAAUACCAAGAAACCCACUACUCAGUUCUAGCAGCUGAUAGUAAAGUACAGCUAUGCUC